CAGCCGGGGGCCCGACCGCCCCCGCCGCCGAGGUUCCUGCCUGAAAACCAGCUUGGGAGCCCCCCACUGCCUGCAGCCAUCUCCAACCCAGCCCCCCAUCACCAUGCACUCCUUGGACGAGCCGCUCGACCUGAAGCUGAGCAUCACCAAGCUCCGAGCGGCGAGAGAAAAGCGUGAGAGGGCGCUGAGUGUGGUCCGGCACCGAGCCCUGCACAGGGAGCUCGGCCUGGUGGACGACAGCCCCACCCCAGGCUCUCCGGGCUCCCCGCCCUCAGGCUUCCUGCUAAACCCCAAGUUCCCCGAGAAGGUAGAGGGACGCUUUUCGGCUGCCCCUCUGGUAGACCUCAGCUUGUCACCGCCGUCUGGGCUGGAUUCCCCCAAUGGCAGCAGCUCGCUGUCCCCUGAGCGCCAGGGCAACGGGGACCUGCCUGCAGUGCCCACCGCGCCGGACUUCCAGCCACUGCGCUAUCUGGAUGGUGUCCCCAGUUCGUUUCAGUUCUUCCUGCCUCUGGGCUCUGGGGGGGCCCUGCACCUGCCUGCUUCCUCCUUCCUCACCCCCCCCAAGGACAAGUGCCUCUCGCCAGAGCUCCCCCUGCCCAAGCAGCUGGUGUGUCGCUGGGCCAAGUGUAACCAGCUCUUCGAGCUCCUGCAAGACCUGGUGGACCACGUCAACGACUACCACGUCAAGCCCGAGAAGGACGCGGGGUACUGCUGCCACUGGGAAGGCUGUGCCCGCCACGGCCGCGGCUUCAACGCCAGGUACAAGAUGCUCAUCCACAUCCGCACGCACACCAACGAGAAGCCGCACCGCUGCCCGACCUGCAGCAAGAGCUUCUCGCGCCUGGAGAACCUGAAGAUCCACAACCGGUCGCACACGGGUGAGAAGCCCUACGUGUGCCCCUACGAGGGCUGCAACAAGCGCUACUCCAACUCGAGUGACCGCUUCAAGCAUACGCGCACCCACUACGUGGACAAGCCCUACUACUGCAAGAUGCCUGGCUGCCACAAGCGCUACACGGACCCCAGCUCGCUGCGCAAGCACAUCAAGGCCCACGGCCACUUCGUGUCUCAUGAGCAGCAAGAGCUCCUGCAACUGCGCCCGCCCCCCAAGCCACCACUGCCCACCCCCGAUGGCGGCCCCUAUGUCAGUGGAGCCCAGAUCAUCAUCCCCAACCCUGCUGCCCUUUUCGGAGGCCCCGGCCUGCCCGGCCUGCCCCUGCCCCUGGCCCCCGGCCCCCUCGACCUCAGUGCCCUGGCAUGUGGCAACGGUGGGGGCAGUGCGGGCGCAGGGGGCAUGGGCCCCGGGCUGCCGGGCCCCGUCUUGCCCCUCAAUCUGGCCAAGAACCCGCUGCUGCCCUCACCCUUUGGGGCUGGCGGACUGGGCCUGCCUGUGGUCUCCCUCCUCGCUGGCUCCGCUGGCGGCAAGGCUGAGGGGGAGAAGGGGCGUGGGGCAGUGCCAGCCAGGUCUCUGGGCAUGGAGGGCCGCAAGACACCCCUGGAGAGGACUGAGAACAGCCGUUCCCGGCCGAGCCCGGAUGGCCUCCCCCUGCUGCCGGGCACCGUGCUGGACCUGUCCACGGGGGUCAGCUCGGCAGCCAGCAGCCCAGAGGCGCUCGCUCCGGGCUGGGUGGUCAUCCCGCCAGGCUCUGUGCUGCUCAAGCCGGCCGUGGUGAACUGAAUCAGCCUGGUGGACAGCUGCCUGCAGCCCAGCUAGGAGCUCCUGGCCCCUGCCCCCGACGAACGGAAACUCUUCUGCGAAAUAGCAAUAAUGUCCUCCUGCCCCUGUGGCCUGGUUGGCUGUGUCCCCCAGGCAGACCCAGCCCCAGACAAGCUGGGCAGCAAGGAUGGUGCUAGAAGGUCACUGGUGGUGCCCCGGAGGGGGGCUGGUCCUGCUAGCCAGGGAGAGCUGUGCUCCUGGGUGCUAAGGCCUUGUUCACCUCCAGCCCUCCCCCUGCCCUCUCCUUCACCCAGCCCUCAGACCCCCUGGCCUCCACCCUGGUACCUCCCUCAUCCAGUUACCAGCCUGGGUAGGUCACCUGCCCCUCCUGCCCUGACCACCUGCCAGCCAUGUUCCUGUCCUCUCUAGCCUUUCUGGGGCCCCUGCUCUGGGGGCUUCGUGGACCCCUUUCCCUCUGGCCCACUCUCCAGAGGGAGAGCAAGACAGACGCAGGCAAAGCCACAGAAAGAAGCCACCUUAUCCCUAUGACAAGGUGCCUCCAAACUCCAAAAGGGAGGCCCGCUCUGCCAGCUGCCCCUCCCCACUAGCCCGUCCAGAAACAGCCAGCACGGAGGGUCAGCCCCUUGUCUGGGCUGGACACUCUCCAAAGUGGGGGGCUGCUGACCACUCACCUGCCCCUUAACUACUGGGCCUUCUCCCUCUCCUUUCAGGGCCCUGGAAGUGUGGGGAGCACUCUAAGAGAGGAGGGGAGAUGCCAGGAUCUUGGGCCCUCACUUGGCUCGGAGCAGGUGGGACCGGAUUGGCCUAGGGCAGUGGCACUCUGCACAAGGGACUCUGGAGGCUUGCAGGGUGUCAAGAGGUGGGAGGCUGGCCGGGGACAACCUCAGGCUGGGACACAGCUCCCAUUCUGGGGGUGCCAAGUCACAGCCAACACACAAGAGCAGUUAAGGCUCCAGGCCAGCACUGGCUGUGGGAGCUUUCCAGAGGCUGUGGACUGAAAGCCCUGGGCUUAGGGACAGUAUGGAGAACUAGGAUGCCCAAGGGAGGGCCCCAUCCCUCUGCCCAGGAAAGGGAAGCUGGAGGAAGGAGCCUGGACUUAAGACAUGGCUGUUUCCUUUGGCUUUGGCUCUUCCCAAUGGAACCUCUGCCUCUCAGUGGCAUGGGCCAGAAUCAGCUAAGGAUGCUGGUGUUCCAUACGCCCCAUGGCCCGACCCCACCAGGCCCUGAGGCCAUAGCACAUAUGCUCUCCCCGCCCUGAGCCCCUGCUGUUCCCUCCCUGGAGGUGGCCUGGUGCCAUCUGGGAGGUGCUGGCCUGGCAGUCAGGACUUCUGGCUCGAAGGCCUGCCCAGUCCUUGGCCACAUGACCAAGCACUCCAUUCCCCUGCUGCAGAACAGGGAGCUGCAGGCCAGCAGUGGGGUGGUUAGCAAGCCUGCAGACCCCACCCUUUCCUGGACUGCCCUUCUGUCCUAGAGGGGUCACCCUGACCUGGCCUGCCCUGACAGGGCCUGGCAGUGCUGGCUCUGCCCCUUGAAGGGGCUGUGAGCAAAGGAGGGAGCUGGUCUCCUUUCUUCGGGCCCCACCCAGGACCCAGGCCUUAAAUCCCCAGGUGGGGGUGAGGGGUUUGAGACUCAAGCCCAGGGAGCAGAGGAACAGGGCACUGGAAGGUGACAUUAGCUCAGCAUGUGACUCGGUGAUAGACCAGGCUCGAAAGGGCUGGUGUACGUGUUGUUGUUGUGGGUUUGUUGUUGCACAUUCCAGGAUAUCAGUAUUUUAACAGGUUCUAAGUGCCUUUCUAUCGUAGCUUAUGUUUUCCUCCUCUUGGCUCCAUUGCUGUUAGCAUAGAGUUUAAAAAAAAAAGAGAUAAGCUAAUGACUAUAACAAUAUAUUCCUCCAUGUGAGAGGAAGUUUAUAAAGAAACAAUAAAAGUGAGUUCAAAGACA